AUGCCCAAGAUCAAGAAGAUCCGUGCCGCUGCCUUGACAUCUCAAUCGGUCCGUCACGAACCUUUAGGCCAGACCAUUCAAGAUGACCAAAAUCGGAACAAGUAUGCGUCGAGUCGGAAACGGCGGAACAAACUCGACCAACUACUAGACGGGGACGAAAAGGAGUUACUGGAUGAGAAAACGUCGGAACGCAUUUUGGCAUUGAGCAAAGAACAACGACAAGAACUGGAUGCCGAAGAAGAAUUGCAAAAGAAUCGAAAAAAGCAAACCGAGCUGUUGGUUCCCGAUGACAGUGACGAUGAAGACGACAAGGAAAAACCAUUUUCGGUAGAAGAAGAUUAUGAAGAUGACGACCGGCUGGUCCAAGAGGAGGAUGGAGGGUAUAUCACCAUGGUGGAAGGAGCACCAGAACUCUCGGCCGAAGAAGAGGCUCUGGUCGCAUCCAUGAUGCAAUCUACUGGAGAACGCAAAUCACUCGCCGACUUGAUUCUCGAAAAAAUUGGAGAAAAAGAAGCCGAAAAGGCCAUCGACGAUGAUGCUGCACCUGGAUUGCCCCCCAAAGUGGUGGAAGUCUACACCGAUAUUGGAAAAAUCCUCACUCACUACACAUCGGGCAAACUGCCCAAGGCGUUCAAAGUCAUUCCAUCCCUCAGCAAUUGGGAAGAAGUGCUCUACUUGACACGUCCCGAUAAAUGGACUCCCCAGGCCAUGUUUGCCGCCACCCGCAUCUUUGCAUCCAAUCUCAACCCCAAAAUGGCACAACGCUUUUACAAUCUCAUUCUCCUCGAUGGGGUCCGCGCCGACAUUCACGCCAACAAAAAGUUGAAUUAUCACUAUUACAUGGCACUCAAAAAGAGCGUCUACAAACCCGCCGCCUUUUUCAAGGGGAUUCUGUUGCCGUUGUGUCAAGACGAUUGUACCCUCCGAGAAGCCGCCAUUGUUGCAUCGGUUCUCCAACGGGUCUCCAUUCCCGUCCUUCAUUCCGCCGUGGCUAUUCACAAAUUGGCACAAUUGAAAGAAUACAAUGGUGCCGCCUCCAUUUUUAUCAAGACACUUCUCGACAAAAAGUACUCUCUUCCGGCACCGGUCAUUGGUAGUUUGGUCCAACAUUUUGCCAAUUUUGUUUCGGAUGACCGCACACUUCCAGUCUUGUGGCAUCAAGCGUUGCUGGUCUUUUGUCAACGGUACAAGAACGAAGUGCAGGAUGAAGCACGCAACUCGUUGCGACUCGUCAUGAAGAAACACUUUCAUCCCAAGAUUACUCCCGAGAUUCGACGGGAAUUGUUUGGAGCGCAAGCAUGGAAGGAGGAACGGGCCAAGGAUACAGAUAGUAUGAUGUUGUAA